AAUAAAUAAGGGCAUUUUAAAGAAAACACUGUUGCUGACAAUAAGUGCUAAAGUCACACAAACGAAUCGUAUAAAGAGUUAGGUAUGUUUAAGAGUUUAACAGAAAAGGACUUUGAUGUAGUAGAAUCCUGGAUCGGAACUUGGCCCAAAACAUUCAAUCUGCUGUAUGGCAUAACACGGGAUGGCUAUGACGCGAGUGUUUUUCAUCAGAAAUGUGACAACCAAGGACCAACACUUACAGUCUUGUACAACAAGGAGGGCUCCGUGUAUGGAGGUUACACGGGGAUUAGCUGGGAAACAGCGACUGUCAACACUAACAAAAAAGAUGAUUCGGCAUUUCUCUAUCAGUUGUACUUUUCUGGCAAGAAGGCGACUAAUCAAAUGUUAGUAAAAAACGGUCACACAGCUAUUAGUUCAGUAUUUGGUUAUGGACCGAUAUUUGGUGGCUAUUCCAGCUGCGACCUGUUAACAUUUAGUGGGGUCAAACAAAGGUCCUCCUCUGGAGAGUAUAAUCUGAAUGGAAUGACAGAUCCACACUUCGGUAAAAACUACGAUAUCCGGGGAACAUUAUUCAAGGAUGUCAACAAUGGACAUCUUAAUGUGAUCGAGUUGGAAGUUUACGCCGUCAAAGAUGGCCAAAGAGAAAAGCCGGCUUUACCAACUCCAUGGCGUAAAACUGCAACAUGGGGAACAAAGUUGCUGGAGAGCUUGAAAGACGAAGUUAAAGGAAUCCAACCCCCUGAAGGACUUGAUGUCCCGCAUUUCAACAUUCUUCUCAUAGGGCCUUCAGACUCGGGUAAAUCGAGCUUCUGCAAUUUGGUGUCGUCCGUGUUCCGGGGGAGAAUUUCCCACCGAGCUAGAGUUGGUGGAAACUCGAAAUCAAGUACAACCACAAUGUUUACGCCAUACACUUUUGGGGACAAAGUCAGCCUUCAGCUCUAUGACACAAGAGGUCUAGCAGAGACGGAUACCAUGGAUCUUAUGCAAUGCAACUACAUACUCGAAGGUCACGUGCCGGACUUUAAUGAGAUGACAUCAACGAGCCUGAUAUCAAAUGACGAUGCGGAUUUUCAGCAUAGGCCAAAGUUGAGUCAUAAAAUGCACUGUGUUGUAUUCGUCCAGGAUGGUUCAACCGUUGACGACAUUUCAAAGCCUAUGCUGCACAAACUGGAGUCGUAUCAGAAUCUGUUCAACAGAAAAGAGAUACCACAAGCCGUUAUAGUCACAAAGAUUGACAAGCUCUGCGAAAAAACGGAAGAAAAUGUCAACAAUACUUUCAUCAGUCAAACGGUCAAAGAGGCAGUCGAAAAAGUCUCAGAGCUUUUCAAAUUUCCGCGGAACAAUAUUUGGCCAAUUAAGAAUUAUGAAGAAGAAGUGGAAAGCGAUGAGAGCAUCAACAUCCUUGCUUUGCUCGCUGUCCGACAGAUCCUGUUCUUUGCAGAGGAUUAUCUAGAAACCAUGAACGUGAAACAAAGUAGGAGAAUUCAGAGAGGAAAGGCUAAGCAGGCUGAAAGUGAAGUGUUCGGGUCAGACACUGCUUAAAACUGAUCAUGAUAUGGUCGUGCAGAAAUUUAACUUAUGCAGAACGUCAAUAUCAACUACACAUGGUAUGUCCUCGGAUAAUUAGUAGCAAGAUAUCUUAAAGACAUUGUGUUGAGAACGAUAUCGUCAUUGUAAAUGUGUAUGAUAUGACUGAAUAAUGACUUAUUAUAUAUGCGUUUGACUAUUCCUUCUAAUUUAAGAUUACCAUUCAUGUUGGUUGAUAAACUGUGUUCUUGAAUAAUUGUUUGUUAAAAUGUGUCAAUAUCUUAUUACUUACAUACUUUGUAGACAUAUUGAUACAAUAUUUGUUUCAUAGUUUGCUCAUUCCAAAACGUAAAAAGGAAAGGUGUGAAAGUAAUUAAGACCUUAAGUUGCAUUUGUCAUUUGUGCAACACAAAUUCAUUUAUUAAAUCGUUUUGAAUUCAUUUCAAAAUUGAAUUUUAUUAACUAAGUUAUAUACAAUUAGCUCAGAGAAGAUUUGAGCGUAAUAUUAUACAAACAAAUUUAGAGCAAGCCCGAAACGAGGUUUUUGGUAUGAAUAAAUGGCGAAAAGUAACACGACCCAUUCCUGGACAACACAUUCACUUCACAAACACAACAUAUAUACAGGAACUGUUAUAACCAUACAUUUUCGUUGAUAUGUUACGAGGGGUGUCCGGGAAGAUCGC